AUGAGCGUGGUGAAUAUCCUAACCCCUGGGGAGCGGCGUUUCCUAGCUGAGGCUCUGGAGCUCGCGGAGGCCAAGGAGGCGCUUGAGGAGUCUGAAGUGCCGCCGGAGUAUUUGCAGGGGGGUUUGGAUAUGGAUAUAGAUCUGGAUCUGGAUCUGGAGCAGCAACACCUUGUGUCACCCUCACCGGUGCGAACUAAACCGAAGAACGUGAAACCACCCGAUGCUCUCGCGCGCUUCUCAGAGCAACUGCAUCAAGAGUACGAGUUGUGGGAUCGCGUGGAGCGCAGCCUUGAGCUGCCUUUUGUGUACCGCAGCGAGGAGAGUAAGACGCUGUCGCUUAAGAUGCUGCGACGCAUUCCUGUGCUGCAGCCCCUUUCCGAAGGUGACCUUGAGGUGAUCUGCUCGCACAUGGAGGUUGUACAGCUACACUCCAAUGAGACACUAGCUGGGAAGCCGCCCUUUGCAUUGCCCCCCACCAACAUCUCGCCUGGUUCCUCGGCAUUGAUGCUAUGUGACCCGGAUUACAGCAGGCCUGACCUUCUCGUUGACGCCGACGCAGUGGAUGAGGCACCUACACAGGGGAAGAAAGAGACCCGCGAUCGUCUGAUGAGCGAGGAACAGCCAAUAGCGCAGUACGUCUAUGUGCUACUUCGCGGCCGUGUUGUGCUUCGCAUUCCGUCGCUGCGCACCGCCGUGGAUGCUUUUGUAGAGCCUUACGAAAUGUUUGCAAUGCCUGUGACUGUGACAGCCCUACCGCCGGGCUCACGCUACGAAACGGACGCGGACUGCAUGCUGCUGCGCCUGAUGCGCGAUGCAGAUCUCGCGCUGGACCGCGUGAUUGGCCGCCUUGAGAAGCGACUUGUUGGGUCGCAGGUGACUUUCCUGCGACGGCAGCUCCGUGCGAAGGUGUUUACGCACUGGACGCAGGAAGAGUUUGAGGAGUGUGCGCGGGCGCUUGUGCCGUUGCGUGUUUCGUGGCGCCAAGUAAUUGUUGAUCAGGGAGACGAUUCCGACGCCAUGUACUUCAUCAAGGAGGGCCAAUGCAUAGUGGUGCGCAAGGUGCCACUCCACCGCCAGCAUGAAAGACAGCAGCAGAAGCGGCAGGAACAAGACCAAAAAGUGUCCCAUUCAUCCAGAGCUUCUGUUACGCCGCUGCGUCGCCGAUCACCGUUGCGGCGCGCCGAAGCGAACAAUCGACAAUCACCGACGAAUUCGUCGCCGUCAUCGCCAGCGCUGCCGGCGAAGUUGAUGGAACUUGUGACGCUGCGCGAAGGUGAGUUCUUUGGCGAGUUGGGUCUUCUGAAUCAUUGCGUUGAUUGGAAGCCCGACGUUGUUUCUGUUUGGUCUGGCGCGUACUGGCACAACACGCUCCACACCGCCCUCCGCGCACCGGUCGACAUCGCCGCGUUAGAGGGCGAAGCGGCGUGGCGCUCUGCACCACACUCGCCGAGAGAAGGCGACACGGCAAGCGAGGGUGCCUCUGCGAGCCUCAACAAGGACGUGUUCCCGUCGCUUCCGAUGAAGCGUCAGGCUACGGUGUAUACAAAGUGCCCCUGUGUGAUACUUAUGUUGACUUAUGAUCGCUGUCGUGAUCUCUUUGGCAACCGUGUUUACGCGCAGCUGAAAGAGUUUGCGAGGGGGUAUCCAUCCUGUGAGGACAUUGAGGUACAGUACGAGCGUCAGCGCAAGUGGCUGCAUUACCGUAAAGCAUUGGCAAAUGAGGUUAUGUCGGAGUCGAGUAGUGCGGUGCGGCAGCAGCCGAAGCUGUCACCCAUCCGCUUCCGGUGA